UUCUUAACAGAAAAAUAGGUACAUGUAAGGUAGAUUGCGUAGCUGUCGAAAACACGUUGAAGGAUAUCCGGUCAAGCUUUCCUUUUAAACGUGUGCUAUUAUGAAAAACACUUUUUCUCGUGUUUUCCAAUGACAAAUGGUAAAUAGUACGGGCCACUUCACGGACGAAAACUAUYGUGAUAAAAAYUUAGGAAAGACUUGAUGAAUCUAGCAAAUGACAUAGUAAAUAGUAGAGGGAGGAACUUGAAGAAAUGGUGAAGUUUGCUAAUUUAUAUUCAACAUUCACUGCACUCAAAUUUCAAAGACCUGCACCUUGGUUUGAGAAAUUGAGACCGACGACAAACAUUUAUAUUCCAUUCACGAGGCGUUGUGUCGGUUGAUGAACGCUUAAGUGGUAUCCACUAACUGAGAUAAUUGGAGCAACCGAGAUAUAAAACAACAACGGCAGCAACCACGGUGUGACGAAAACAUAACAUCAUUAUCGAUGAAUAAAAAAAAAUAAAAAAAUAAAAACACGUGAAAAAACAUUGAUUGYAAAGAAAACAAGAUAAUCGAUAGAAWAUGGAAAUUGGAAAUCUCAUUUCAAAAUAGAAAAAUGGGAAACUGAAWCCCUUAAACAUACCAACUGAAAUGAUUAAAACCCUCAGCUUAAGUAGCAUCAUUACAUUCGAAGCUAUUUACUAAACAUAGACAUUUGAUAUUUAUCAGUGUUAUCUAAACUGAAAACUUGAAAGAUGUUUUGAAACCACACUUCGCCGCGCCUGAACAACAGUUAGUGAAAGACUCACAUCUCAAAGCUCCCGUAAACAAGCAGACACUGUCAACAUUUGUCGAAGAUGCGCAGAAGAAUCGAGAUGGACUGUAAAAUACUUCUAGUAGUCCUUUGUGCUUUAACAGUGGACACAUCUCAACAAGAAGCACCAAAGCUGCUACCACGGACAGCUUCGUUCAUUCACAUAGUGUCAGCAAUGRAYRACGAGCCCACAGUSUUCUUCUGUAACUCCACUGGCGCAAAACCACUGACAUAUCRCUGGCUCAAGAAUAAUGAACCUAUUGGUGUACGCAAACUUGACCCAGCAAUGAAGACGAACUUACCAUAUCUGCGCCUACAAAACCUAGUCAAACCAGACUCUGGUAUAUACAAUUGUACUGUCUCGAAUUCAUUUGGGUCUGUGAGUCGRUCAUUUCGUCUUUUAGUCCAAGCAAAGAUUGCCGUAAGACCAUAUGUUCUGAAGAAUAUUCUACGCAAUACAAGCGUUCAAGUUGGCAAAMACGCAGCGCUGGAGUGUACGGUGCGGUCACUCGGCACAAUACCCGACAUAAUUUGGAUGAAAUGGCACAGGGCUCCCAAAACGUAUUCGCAACUUCAUCUGGAGAUCGAUCCUUUUUCUCGUGAGAUAGUGUCUAAUCACACUUUUUCUCGACCAAGAACUUACACGAUGUCGCCCAGUAAAGAUUUGGAGAUUUAUCACUCUGUUUUGAAUAUCGUCAAUGUGACUGAGAAAGACUUUGGACUGUACACGUGUUGUGCGUCAAAUGAUCAAGGACUGGAUUAUAGGAGCGCCUUUUUACACGAGGAAACGAGAAUCUAUGGUGCAACUUCUAAAGUCACAAACGAUUCCUCCAGCACAUCCGCCUCCUCUAAAGUCCCAAAAGGUCCGCCUAAAGAUCAGAAAUAUGCGUUUCUAAACGAUGACCAAGAAAACGACCCAACACUAAUGAUACUGCUAAUCUUCCUAUCAUGCCUUGCUGGAGUCAUUGGACUUGUUAUUGCAUUCAUCUUCGUUCGUAGAACAGGSAGAAAACAUAGAAAACAAGAAAUCGCUCACGAACUGCAAUUUUACAGCACCGACGUGACUUAUGACUACAGAGAAAGCGGCAMUACCUGUAGACAGACAUCUUGUUCAAACGACAGUAGUUCCUCUUCGUUUAAGAAAAAAACUGCUGCUGAUAUCAAUAUUACAGACAAUGAUCUUCACGAGCUCAUCUAUGAAGAAAGGUGGGAAAUCGACCGUAACCAAAUCACCAUCACAGAUCAACUGGGUGAAGGCGCUUUUGGACUUGUGAUGAAAGCAGAGGCUGUUGGGAUACCAGAUCAACCGAAUGUUUGUCAAGUCGCCGUGAAAAUGCUCAAAGAAAAAGCAAAGGAAAACGACCUCAUGCACUUAUUGUACGAGAUGGACGCCAUGAAGACAAUCGGACGACACAACAACAUCGUCAACUUUCUUGGCGCCUGCACACAAAAUGGCCCACUGUUUGUAGUUGUGGAGUUCGCACCUCAUGGUAAUCUAAGACAGUUUCUCAGAGAUAGAAGACCGUCGGAUGAACGAAAAGUACAGCCUUCGCUAACCAUAAAGGAUUUCAUCUCCUUUUGUUUCCAAAUCGCAAAGGGAAUGGAAUAUUUGACUUCUAAAAAGUGUAUUCACAGAGAUUUAGCAGCCCGCAAUAUCUUGGUAGGUGAAGAUUACGUCAUGAAGAUCGCAGACUUUGGCCUGGCAAGAAACAUACGGGACAUUGAUUAUUAYAGAAAAACGACCAAUGGRCGAGUUCCAACCAAAUGGCUGGCAAUUGAAGCUUUAUUCGACCGGGUCUACACGACACAGAGYGAUGUCUGGACGUUUGGGAUAUUAUUGUGGGAAAUCUUUACAUUAGGUGGAUCGCCUUAUCCUGGGAUUCCUGUGGAAAGCCUUUUUGAACUUCUAAGAUCUGGAUAUCGAAUGCAGAAGCCCCAAAACUGUCCCAAUGAGAUAUACACAAUAAUGUUGAGAUGCUGGAGUGAGAAUCCAAACAACAGGCCAUCAUUCACAGAACUCAAACAAGAAUUCGAUAGAUUGUUAACUUCCAUGACUGACAACGACUAUCUCGUGAUACUGGCCAAGUCAAUCGAUGAUAUCGUAGUKGAGAUUGAAGCACCAAUUUCAGACGAUUCCAGUKGCACAACCCAACAGGACUCCAGCAGUGAAAUAAUCYUAGAGUCRCGGUGCUAGAGUACACUAAAAGGACACAACACUUUGCACCUUUUURUUGUCGUGCYUACAACAAUAUCACCAACAUAAUUGUUUUUGCAAAAACAAAAACAAUUGUAUGAGACACAACAUGCCACCAUUGCUCAUUGCCCGCACCGAUCUUUGUGCAUACUAUUAUGAAUAGACAUCGUAUCUGAUGCCCUAUUUCCAAGAAUUCCYAACAAGGCACAACGUUCACUAUCAAGGAAAACUUCGAUCUUCAUAGUUUUUAUAUGAGGUCCGCCAUCUUGAUAAUUUUAUCAAUACCAUGAUGCACUUCGCCAAGGCACACAUGACGUCAUUAGUGACGACGAGCACUGUUUCAGCGGUAUAGCUGUUAACUUGUACUUCAUGAUUAUUUAUAACAACGGCACUAUUUAUUAUCAUUUUUAUCGUUAUUUGCAGACAUUUUGACCGCUUGUACAUUCGCCAUAAAGAUACCAAUACAUUGAAUAAAAAGGAAUUAUUGCUAAUACAGACCCAGUAGUUUAUGUAUAUAUAUCAACAUAGCGUAGCUAUGAUAUUUAAAAAUUAACCCUUUAAGUGCCGAAUAUGUUUAAUAACCAUGAAUAAGAAGAAUUUAAAGAGAUUAAUUGACUUGAAGUUUUUUUAGCAAGAAAACAGCGGAAAUCGCAUAAAAUUACCCAUAAUGCAUUUGAUACAAUGAYAUAUGUCAGCGGUCAGAGCGUUUGCAAAGGAUUGUAUGCAAUUAAAAAAAACAUAUAUUGAUGCCGUACAUAUGGCGCUGCACAUGUAAACAAUAAAAAACACGGAAAAAUGCAAAAGGAAAUCA